AUGAGCGGAUCUCUUGUGUAUUUCUAUUCUGUCCAUCAGGGUACAGCAGCGACUACGGUUGCUCUGUUCAGAGUGGUGUACAGAGGCUUGCAGCUCAAAGUCUUGGCCUGCGGGCUUGGCCGCCCAACUGGGGUAAAAGGCUGGGUAUUUUUGUUCAUCCCCCUCGCAACCCAUAACGUCAAUCAGACUGGUAUCCGUACGAGUAAAGACUUGCUGUCGGAACUGUCAGUAUUUGCCGAGUUGAUUAAAGGAAACUUUCCCACUUGGACAAAUGGGGCUCCUGUCCCAGCCGGUGAGGCUGUGCUCGCUGUUCCUCUCCCCGUUGGCCUUCUGCCGGCGGGCUCGGCUCGGACGUUGCAAGUCCUACGGUGCAGUUCCCUUUGCUCUUGCAUCCACAGUUCUUCUUUUACCCCCCUCCCUGUUUGCUUGCGACCUUCUCGAUUGAGAUGGCGGUCACGUCAACAGCGUGUGGUUGGCCCGUACCUGGACCGCGAUUGGAAAUGGCCUAGGAGAUGCCGUUUUUGCCGUGAUCCCCCCAGCUCCCUCGGGCGUCGAGAAUCUAAAGAGGGGAAAUCUUGCCGUUGGGUUGUAUUAUUCUCCGGCGCGAGUGGUCUAGGUCGCAGAGCAGCAUGCUGUCAUCACUGCUUACAAAGUAGCGCUUUGCAAAAUGCUUCCAUCCUUGUAGCGGUACCAUACGGAAUCCAAGGUGCGAGUGGGCUGUGA